ACAGAGGGCCCAUUAGGCGAGGUCGAUUUCCGCACGGUCAGCUUUUAUUGUUGCACUCCGACGUCCACAUGACAGCAGGCAGCGUGUCCUUCUGAGGCUCCGUGUUGACUUCUGAGUGAACACACACAACACUGAUGAUAUGAAAUGAGGAGACCCUGAGGAGUGUUUCUGUGAUGAUGUUCCUGCGCUCCUGUUCGUUCGCUCUGAGACGCACAAACCCUCACGUCUCCCUCAGAGCCUUCAGCUCCAGCCGCAGCGGCGGGAAAGAACACGGCGCUCUGGAUCUGGACUCCUGGAAGGCGGUGAUGAGGUCUCAAGCGCUGCGGGAGGAGGGGGUCACACAGCGAGGGUCCUCGGCGCUGGACAGCACCCGCCAGCUGGUGGAGAUCUGGCAUCAAGCGGGGAAGUUAGUUCCCGAGAACAUCACAGACGAGGAGCUGGAGGAACUCAACCAGCUCACGGCCAGAGCAGCCAAGAAAAAGUACCUCAAGUUCCUGGCCAUUAAAGAAUCGUACAAGAAAGCCAAGACAAAGAAGCAGGAGACACAGAGCUCUGAGGAGAGAGUGGAAGCAGAAGCAGAGGCUUUUCAAGAGAGCGAGAAGGAGCCUAAGAACAGCUUCCUGAUGUAUCUCCGGAGCAGCACGGUGGACCAGGCCCAGACCUGGAGAGCAGCCAGGGCCCUGCGCUUCGGUCAGCCGCUGGUGUACGACAUGAGCUACGAGCAGCAGAUGAGCCGGCAGGAGCUGAAGAACAGCGUGAUGCAGCUGAUGGAGAGCGAGGGCUGCAACCGGCGCGCCGCUGAUCCCUUCCACCUGCACUUCUGCAGCCUGCGGCCGGACGGAGCCUAUCUGAAGGAGCUGCUCAGACGCUACGGAGAGAAGACCUGGGAGCAGCUGAUGAUCACCGCCAGCGAGAAGACGCACCUGGAGAUGUUUCCUCAGAGGGACCUGGUCUACCUGACCGCCGAUUCCAAGCAGGUGCUGCAGGAGUUUGAUCACAGUAAGGUGUACAUCAUCGGGGCGUUGGUGGACCGCUCCGUUCACACGGGACUCUCUAUGGCCAACGCCAAACGCCAGCGACUGGCCACGGCUCGCCUGCCUCUGGACGAGUAUCUGAACUGGGAGCGAGGAGCCAAGACCCUGACCCUGGACCAGAUGAUGCGCAUCAUGAUCACGCUGAAGGAGACGGGCAGCUGGGAGAAAGCGCUGGAGUUCGUGCCCAAGAGAAAACACUCCGGCUUCACGGGAUUCACCAAGAGUCACUUCGUCCGGAACGAUUCACCAAAGAUUCGUUUCCCCGCUGGAGUUCAGAACAGAAGAGACAGACCGAGCUCUAAUGACCGGCAUUGAAGCUCUAAUACUGUUUUGUUCUUGUCGUUAAUUAAAAAUGAUGAAUAUGAUGUUUCCUCAACACCGAAUCAACAAUUGCUCCCAAGUGAAUCGUUGGACAAGGAUCCAUGCCCUUUUGAAACACUUUAUCACUGAAUUCCAGCCAAGCGCUUCCUGUUUUAACCACGGAGGUUUAUAGAACAGAAAAGUUAAACAAACAAUAAAAGGACAGCCAUUGACGGCAGAAACCUCCAAACCAAGAAGAAAAUAAGAAAUCAUAUUUUGCAUGCAAGCAAUGAAGCAUGUUUUAGGGUCUUUUUAAGACAAUUAACCAUAUAUUCACAGUACACUCUCUCUAAAAAAGAAAAGUGUUCUUAUUAAAAUGGGGGGAAAAAAACUUAUCAUAUUUGAAUCCCAAAAUCAAGACAAAAAUUAAAUGAUAUUUAGCCAAAGGAUAGUGAGGCCUAAUUUAUGACCCUUAAACACAUCAAAGUUUCAGAAAACACAAUUUCUUAAAACAGUGCUGAAUAUUAUCAUCUGAAAGCAAUAUUUUAAAUGUAAAUGAGCAUAAACAUAAUCAGCUCAACCAUGAUUUACAAAGAGUCUUGGAAACGAUCACUUCUGGUUUAUUUCUAUUCUUGGGGUGAUAUGAGCUGCACACGUUCCCUUCAGGAUUCAUUAAAUAACAUCAAACUCAUAUUUCAAACUUUUGGUAAAAGUAAUAUUUCCUCUUCUUCCAUUUUAAACAUUUGUUGCAUUAAAACACAUUUUACUAGCAAAACAUAAACAGGAGAAGUGGUUUACACUCCAAACUAUUUAUUUUGGUAAUUUAAGAGAGAUAAAACAGAAAAAAAUGAAAUGCUUUAAAAACAAAUAACACUUCAAAUAUUUGUGAAGCAUGAAAUACAGUCACGGCAUGAUAUAAACAAACUCAAAUCUCUCACACACACACACACACACACACGACUUCAAACACAAGAUGUUUCACAAGAAUGUAAUUAUUUCCUUUUAAUUCGUCUCUUAUUAUCCUUGUUAAUUAUGAUUCUUAUUAUUAAACUUUCUUUCAAACAUUCAGAUGAACAUCAUCUGAGUGAAUCAAUCGAAUCACGGCGGUGUGAAACAUCACGAGGAGGAAACUUACUGCAUUAAAUAAGACCCUACAGUGAGCCUCCGUCACACACACACACACACACACACACUCACACACUCAGUGCAUGGCUGAGAUCUGAGGGAUAGUUCUUUGGUGUUCUGGUCACAGUGUGCUGUCUAGAGCACGACGAUCUCACACACACUCCUUCUAGAGCAUGACGAUCUCUCUCUCACACACACACACACACACACACACACACUCUCUCUAGAGCACGACAAUCUCACA